GAUAUCCUCAUGGCCUCAACAGCCGGGGGCUUGACUCGCAGACGAGGCGCCGGUCGAGUCGCUGGCGCAGACGAACAAGAUGACAGCCGAGUGUCAUCCCCGAUCUCCAGAAACGGCUCUGCAAUGGACAACCGUGGACCGGAGACAUCUUUCACCAGCGCAGAGAAUGGCCACAAGAUCGCGUUCGAUCCCCGCGACAUCAGCGAAAACGAGGAACGGGGCAAGCAGCCAAAACUGACCCUGAUGGAGGAUGUGCUACUGCUCGGACUGAAGGAUAAGCAGGGCUAUUUGUCCUUUUGGAACGAAAACAUCUCCUACGCCCUGCGAGGGUGCAUCGUGAUCGAACUCGCGCUCCGUGGCCGUAUAAGCAUGCAAAAGGAUUCCUCGCGACGACGCUUCCCCCUGGCCGACCGCGUCAUCGAGGUCAUCGACGAUACAUUGACUGGGGAGGUCUUGCUGGACGAGACGCUGAAGAUGAUGAAGUCGAGCGAGAAGAUGAGCGUAAACUCCUGGAUUGACCUGCUGAGUGGCGAAACCUGGAACUUGAUGAAGAUCGGAUAUCAAUUGAAGCAAGUCCGCGAACGACUGGCGAAGGGUCUUGUGGACAAGGGUAUCCUCCGAACCGAAAAGCGAAACUUCCUCCUUUUCGAUAUGGCCACACAUCCCGUCGCCGAUGGUGGCGCGAAAGACGAACUCCACAGACGGGUGCGCAACAUUUGCAGCAACCGCACCGUGAUUAUUCCCCCCAGCCCAUGGCUCCCCGAGGACGCUGAAUACCGCUACCUUCGCUCAAUUUCGAUGGUCUGUGCCGCAUACGCUGCCAAUGUGCUCGAAAAUGCCCUAGUGACCAUGAGCCACGAGGCUCGCGAGAGAGCAUUCGCGCAGGUGGAUGAGCUGCUGGCCGAGUACUCGCAAUGGCCAUUCGGCCGGAGGACCGGUGGCUCCCAGGCGAUUGGAGCCAACCUGGCUCAAGCUGUUAACGACGAAAUCAACCGGAACAAGGAUAGAGAACUUCAGUUGGAGAUUGUCGCUGCAUGCCUGAGCGUAUUUACCAGACUUGAUUCUUUACUUUAA